GUCGGUACAUUUAUUAAUCCCCGCCGUUUCCGUCCGGGCCGCUCCGCGUAAAGAUGGCGGCCAGCUCCCAGCGAGGUCUCGCUCCCUCCGCCGGCGCCGCAGACCACGGACAGCACCCCGGCGCUCCAGGCGACGACAGCGAUGAAGGAGAGGACAUCUUCACCUAUGCCAGUAAUCCUAUACAGAAUAAGUCAAGGACUCUGGCACACAACAAUCUAUUCAGUGGAGCACUGAUGACCACCAGCACUAAACCCAAGUCUAAUGGUAUCAGUGCGGAUCAGGAUGAAGACUUAUUUUCAGACUCUACUGUGGAGGUGUCCUUGGACAGCCCCCGGAAUAACAGGAGAAACUUCACCUCACUGCCCCCCGCAUCUGCCGUCGCCACAUCGAAAAAUGGACGUGAGGCCGUGGAAGAGCUAGAAUGGGAGGAAGAUGAGGACAAGUUUGAGCUGAAUAUCGGAGUCACCAACCCCGAGAAAGUCGGUGAUGGCAUGACUGCGUAUAUGGCCUACAGAGUCUCCACACAGACCACAUUGCCAAUCUUCAAGAACAGGAUGUUUACGGUGAAGAGGAGGUUCAGUGAUUUCCUGGGACUGUACCAAAAACUGUCUCUGAAACACUCACAGAAUGGCUACAUUGUUCCCCCACCUCCGGAGAAAAGCAUCCUGGGAAUGACCAAAGUAAAAGUAGGCAAGGAGGACCAGUCAUCGGCCGAGUUUGUGGAGAGGAGGAGAGCAGCUCUGGAAAGGUAUCUCCAGAGGUUGGUUUCUUAUCCAUACAUUUUACAAGAUCCUGAUCUCCAAGAAUUCUUGGAGAAAGAUGAGUUACCCAGAGCUGUGAGCACACAGGCCCUGAGUGGGCCUGGCUUCAAGAAGAUGAUCAACAGGGCGACGGACGCAGUCAACAAGAUCACCGUCAAGAAGGACAAGUCACAUGCUUGGUUUGAGGAGAAGCUCCUGGAGAUGGACAACGAGGACCAGCAGCUGAAGAGGCUCCAUGCCGCUGUGGACUCGCUGGUCAUGCACAGGAAGGAGCUAUCCGCAAACACAGGGGUGUUCGCCAAGAGCCUGGCCUUGCUGGGCAGCUUGGAGGACAGCACAGCCCUGUCGCGUGCCCUGGUCCAGCUUGCGGAGGUGGAGGACAGGAUGGAGCAGCUGCAGCAGGAGCAAGCGACCAGGGACUUCUACACCUUUGCAGAGCUACUGGCCGACUACAUCCGCCUGUUAGCAGCCGUCCGGGGCUGUUUUGACCAGCGUGUGAAAGCCUGGCAGCGGUGGCAGGACAGCCAGAACAUUCUGCAGAAGAAGCGGGAGAAUGAAGCCAGGCUGCUGUGGUCCAGCAAACCGGACAAGUUGCAACAGGCCAAGGAUGAGAUCGCUGAGUGGGAGGCCAGAGUGAACCACUACGGGAAAGACUUUGAGAGGAUUUCUGCAACUGUUCGCAAAGAGGUACUCAGGUUUGAGAGGGAGAAGGCCAGAGACUACAAGGCCCAUAUUAUAAAAUACCUGGAGUCUCUUCUACAAUCACAGCAGCAGGUGGUGAAAUACUGGGAGGCAUUUCUACCAGAAGCAAAAUCAAUUGCAUGAUGGGAAGCGCAGAUCUGGAGUGAAAGAGGCUGCCUUUUUGUACAUGUCACCUCUUGCCUAUAAACCAAAUAAAAAGAACCAGGGUUUUACCAAAAGAAAUGCAAUGUGAUAAGUUUCAUAAUCAACAACCAGCUCUUCAAUUUUUCUAAAAUAUUGAUUAUAUAUUUUUUCAUUCAACUUCCAUCUGUUUUUUUUAAAUUGCUUUUUUUUUUUUGGUUGGAGGUGGUCCAAAUGUGAACCAUAUGUUUUAUUUUUAUUUUAACCACCAUGUGUUAAAGUAGCAUUGUCUGUGGAGACUAUUUAUUAACACUGUUAUGCAUUUGCAACACUUCGCUGCAAGAAUCACUUGUGUCAGCAGCCUAUGCGGGCGGCCUGAGCGGGCAGCCUAAGCCGGCUAUACCUGCUGCAGGAGCACUUCACUCCCUGGUUCAUUAGCUGUUGGUUAAGCUGGCCUGUGGCCUGUGAGGAAUCAGAAGCAUCUAAGCAGUCUGUCUGAGCUUUGGCCAAUGAGAAGGGAGGUCAUUAAGACGACAGGAUUAGGACAUUCCAGGGCUGCCUUUGGUUGCUCCUUAAAGUUAAUGGUCUUUUGCGGUAGCAUGGUGUACAGGUAGUGCAGCUAGCGGUGUCCCUGUAUGUGCAGACAGCUGUACCCUCUAGCUCUGGUACGGUGGGUGAUGGUCAGUAACCCUAGUGAACAGACAGCCGAAGGGGAGGGUGGGCUGAGCGCUGCCAGCUGAAACUGGAACUCUCCAUGGAUUAGCAGGGAUUUGCCAGGUUCUUGUCCAGGGUCCAGGAAAUUCUGCAUUUUACAAGUAGGUGGCAGUGAAAUAAUCUAUGGUUCCAUGCUAAAUGAACAUGCACUGGUUUAGCAUUGACAUGAGCAAACUUGAACAAACACCAAAUGAUGUAUGAUGAGUAUUUGCUUCUGUCAUACCAAGUAGGGAUAAAGUUAUUUAUUUUACAAUGUGAAUAAACCCCUGUAAUUCGUAUCACUACCUAAAAAUGACAAGACUGAAAACAUUUCACUACUCAUUUUAGGAUAUGAUGACCAUGACAUGACCUUUAAAUUGUAAGUAAAAGGAACUGAUGUCUUUUGUAGCUGCUAAUCUGAUCCCUGCCAGCCUCUUCACCCUAUACCCUUAAGAUACUAGUUUGAGUGGGAGAUUAGCAUGACAAGUCGUAGUCAAUACUCAUACCUGAGGCUUUGAGAUUACAGCUCAGUGUAGUAUAACUUUUGAACAUUUCACUUUCAUAUUGUAGAAAAGGCAUCUUAAGUGAUUUUUAUUGUAGUUAAGCAGCUUGCUUGUACCAUUGGAAGAUACAUGAGGUUGUUUUUGUUUGCUGGUUUAAAAAAAGGCACAGAUCUUUGGAUGAAGUGUUUGCCGAUCUAUCAUUGGUCUUUGGAUGAAGUGUUUGCCGAUCUAUCAUUGAUCUUUGGAUGCCAUUCUGUUGUCUGUUUUUCUUGUGUUAUUCCAGCAAACAGCCAUUUUUUGUGCAUUCCAACCCUUAUUUUUGAAUGCAAUGCUUCAGUUUUCACAUAGUUUUGUGGCUACGUCGCGUAUGACCUAUAAGCAUCCCACAGUGAUGUUGUGAGACGUUAAAUGUGACUUUAAAAUAUGAAACUAUUUCAAUUGCCACUGUUGAAAAUAAAGUUGUUUUAAGGAAGGUGGCGUCGCUCCUUUCAAAUCUAUAGCCUUUGGGUGGUAAGUGGAAGAAACAAAUGUUACUUUGUAGUUCUGACCUUUAGUGUGCUGUGGCAUCUUCAUAUCUCUUUAGGAUAGAGAGUUGCUGUAUUUCUAUAUCAUUUAAAGAUAUCUCAAAAAUAAAGCUUUUCUCUCUGACAUUUU